AUGUACGAAAAGGAAAAGGAGCAGGAAUGCAGGAAUCUGAGAUUCGUGGCAUUUGUCGGUACAGCAUUGUCAACAAUUGCGACAUUAGUUUGCGUGAUCUCAGUACCUCUUCUUUACAACUACUUGCAGCAUAUGCAUUCAAUAAUGCAAUCAGAAGUUGAUUUCUGCAAAUCUCGAUCCAAUAGCAUAUGGCGAGAAGUGACACGUACGCAGGUAUUUGCGAAAGUAGGAGAUGGAGUUCGGCGAGUGCGACAAGCAAGACAGAGUCACUUAACCUUAGGAUAUGUCAGUGGUGCUCCGGCAUCACCGUCAGGCGAAUGUUGCGGAUGUGGUGUUUCGCCACCGGGUCCACCUGGACCACCGGGUGAAGAUGGUAAUGACGGUGCUGAUGGUGAAACUGGACCACCUGGCAAAGAUGGUCCUGAUGCUCCACAGGAACCACCCACGCAGCCGAAGAUCGAUUGGUGCUUUGAUUGUCCUGAUGCACCUCCGGGACCACCUGGUUCAGCAGGACCAAAAGGAAUGCCUGGCAAACAGGGUCCACCAGGUCCUGAUGGACCGAUUGGUGACAGCGGCCCACCUGGUGAACCAGGACCACAGGGACCACCAGGACCUCUUGGACCACCCGGUGAAAAAGGUCCUUCUGGACCACCAGGUACUGUCAUUGAAAAAGAGGGUCCACCAGGAGCAGCAGGAAAUGCGGGAGAACCGGGACCACCUGGACCUGAUGGUAAGGCAGGUGAACCUGGCAAAGCUGGAUCAGACGGACCGGAAGGACCGCCAGGAGAUUCGGGUGCUGAUGGACCAGCUGGAAAACCUGGAGCUGAUGGAGACAGGGGACCAGAUGGCGAAGCUGGUGCUCCAGGCUCUUGUGAUGCUUGCCCACCACCAAGGACAGCACCUGGUUAUUAA